AAUAGCCAUAGUUUAGCGAGGACAAUGAAUAAAUCUAACUAUUUUCGACUUAUUCAGCUUAUCACGGUCCAUUGCGCAGACCACGACAGUCUAAAUGAAAUAAAUUGAAUUGCGUAAUUCUCCAUCUUUAUAUCAUCAAGAACUUUUUUUUUCUAUAUUUCUAUUAAAGAAUUGGGUAAAAUAAUAAUAAUUGGCACAAUAUUUACUUACCAGGAAAUUAUCUUAAAAAAUUCACAUGCUGUAAAACCCGAAGUUUAUUUAAACAAGGAUCAAGUUUUUCCCAGAAAUAAAUUCUUAUUUGCAUUAUUAGCAUCAAUUCUACAAAUUAAUGUGUGUACACAAAACUUGUGUUAUUUAUUUAAAAUCGGUGAGAUAAUAGUUUGCAUUCAUAUAAAAGGGAUAUAAUUUUGGAAAUUUUAGAUAUUCGUGUUAGUUCGUCAAAAACAUAAAGAUGGCCAAGUUGUGGUUAACUACGUUGACUGUUAUUUUAUUCACCGCUUCCUUCGGUCAAGCUCAACAUCAUGCUACUGGCUUUAAUCCCAGACCUCACCCUACUGGUUUUAAUCCGCAUGCUACCGGUUUUAAUCCUCAUGCUACCGGUUAUGUUCCAAGACACCAAAGGGAUGUAGAACAACCUCACGCUACUGGCCUCCGCCCCAACAAUCAAGCUCCUCAUGCUACCGGCUUUAACCCCAGACCUCACCCUACUGGUUUUAAUCCCCAUGCUACCGGUUAUGUUCCAAGACACCAAAGGGAUGUAGAACAACCUCACGCUACUGGCCUCCGCCCCAACAAUCAAGCUCCUCAUGCUACCGGCUUUAAUCCCAGACCCCACCCUACUGGUUUUAAUCCCCAUGCUACUGGGCAUCAAAGAGAUCAAAGAGACGCUCAACAUGCUACUGGCUUUAAUCCGAAACUUCACCCUACUGGUAACCAACCACCUGCCGAUUUUCAACCUGCUCCCCCUAGAGACUUGGGCAGUCGAGAAGUUCCUGGUUACGCGCCUGUUGUGCCAUAUUAAUUGCGAUUAAAGCUUUUUCAUGCUAUUGAGAUAUUGGAAUGACAUUGUUUGAUUUUUGUGUUUUUUUGUAAUAUAACGUUUUGUUUUUUAUUAUU